AUGACAGUAGCUUUCCUUUAUUUCAGUUGGUUGCUUGCAGUUGUUGACACAUCUGAUGUAUUGGAUUUUGCUGAAAUCGCGUUGAAUCUUUCACAGUUGGUGCAAAAGUAUACUGUUAACUUCUUGCUUUCUUUUUACUUCGCCAUGAGUGUCGUGAAAAAACGGUUAAAGACAACUUCAAAAGCAAUUCAUAUAAUGGCAGCCGUCUCUGCAUUCUUUUGUAAAAAUGUGUUAUCAUGGCAGAAACUGAUAGGCGUAUGCACAGACGGCGCCCCAUCAAUGCUUGGAUGUCGCUCAGGAUUCGUGCAGAUGGCCAGAGAAAAAAAACCUAGUGUUACUACCAUCCACUGUGUAAUACACUGUCAAGCAUCGGCAACUAAGACACUUCCAAAGGAAUUCAUUGAUGUCUUGAAAUUGUGCAUCAAAAUCGUGAAUCAUAUUAAAAAGAACGAAGUGAUGCAGUUUUUGGAAAAUAACAAACAAACUGAAGAGUAUGUGGAAUUUAGAAAGCCCAGUGUUCAUGCUGCAUUGGCUUAUCUGUCAGAUAUUUUCGAAUCUUUAAACACACUGAAUUUGCAACUAUGGAAACGUAAAAUUUUAGCCUGCAAUUAUUCCUGCUUUCCCAGAUUGUUUGGAAUCCUGGAAGAAGCCCGAUUUCACAACGAUUUUAAGGAUAAUGAUACUAAGAGUAAAAUAUCGAACCAUUUGCAGCACCUCAUUGAUGAAUUCGAACGAUACUUCCAUAACAGUUGUGAUGACAAAAUUUAUUAUAGGUUAGCGACGGAUCCAUUUCACGUUGACGUGGAUGUGUUGCCAGACAGACUACAAGAGAAAGUCUUAGAAAUAAAAAAUGAUUCUGCCGCGAAGUAUGACUUUGAGAAGAUGGAUAAGCCAUUAUUUUGGGUGAAAUAUCUCACGGUGUAUCCCAACACAGCAGAACUGUAUUUACCAUUUUCAAGCACUUAUUUGUGUGAAAGAGCAUUUUCAACGGCAGUGGCGAUAAAAAAUAACCUUAGAAGCAAACUCAGUAUUGCCAAUGAUUUACGUUGCACAGUUUCUACUAUUCAGCCAAGAAUUCAAAAUAUUGUAAAAAAUAUGCAAGCUCAUCCUUCACAUUGA